UUCAUUUGAACUCUUGACUCAACUAAUUUGGAGCAUGCACCAUACAUGCACAAAGACAGCCAAGCAUGAAGAAGAAGUUACAAGGUGACUGUGUCUAUUGGCUGGUCUAUUUGACUGGAGCUGCUCCGCUCCUACUAGUGUGUGGAGAGGUUGUGUGCCCAUCUCUCGCUCCCCUGAACAAUGGAAUAAUCUCAUACAGCAACCCAACACUGUGUCUGGGCACUGUGGCCACUUACACCUGUGACACUGGCUACACUCUCUUUGUAGACAUUACCAGGACUUGUGAGAGUGAUGGAAUGUGGAGUGGGUUAGAUCCAGUCUGUCUGCGUAUCUGCUCUGACUUACCCUUACUGAUCAAUGGGAUGAUCUCCUACAAUGGUGCUGGAUCCACUAACAACAGAUCAGUGGACACUGUGGCCAUCUUCAGCUGUAACACUGGCUACGCUCUCAAUGAAGACGCCACUAAGACUUGUGGGAAUGAUGGAAUGUGGAGUGGGUUAGAUCCAGUGUGUCAGCGUAUCUGCUCUGAAUUACCCUCACUGACCAAUGGGAUGAUCACCUACCUUGGUGGAUCCACUAACAACAGACCAGUGAACACUGUGGCCAUCUUCAGCUGUAACACUGGCUACGCUCUCAAUGACGCUAUUAAGAUUUGUAGGAAUGAUGGAAUAUGGAGUGGGUCAGAUUCAGUGUGUCAGCGUAUCUGCUUUGACCUACCCUCACUGACCAAUGGGAUGAUCUCAUACAAUGAUGCUGGAUCCACUAACAGGAGACCAGUGGACACUGUGGCCACCUUCAGCUGUGACUCUGGCUACACUCUCAAUGAUGACGCUACUAAGAUUUGUGGAAAUGAUGGAAUGUGGAGUGGGUCAUCUCCAACAUGUGAAGCCAUUAUGUGUCUUCCUCUACCGGCCAUUAUUACCAAUGGCAUGAUCUCCUCCUACUCUCCUGAUGUCACCCCUGACUAUGACCUGGGAACUGAGGCAACCUACACUUGUGAGGCUGGGUUCUAUCUUGAGGGUAAUGAGGUACAAGUGUGUAUGGAUGAUGAUGGAAUGGACGCCAUUGGAGUGUGGAGUGGUCAGGAGCGUAGCUGUGUCCGUAAGUUUAUCGGUGAAAAGAUAUAAGUCCCUGGUACUGUAAAAACACGAACAUGUGUAUAUUGUUUGGUCAUGUGUCAAUUAACUUAUCGCAGCCAUCACUUGUCUUUGUCUCCUUAUUCCUACCCACACUUCAAUACCUACCCUUCUCGCACCAGUUCAC